AAAACGUGGCUGUCUUUGUUUGGUAUUUAGCUGUAUCCUCGCGUAUGUAUAAAGCAGCUACAUGUAUAAAUACCACAAUUUACAUUCCUCUCUAAGCCCAGAAAAAGAAGAAAUACAAACAGAAAAUUUGAACCGGAAAAACAUGGCAAGCGGUGGCGCCGGCGGAGGAAAGGUGUCGUUCAAAGUCACCCUUACUUCUGAUCCCAAGCUCCCUUUCAAAGUAUUUAGCGUGCCAGAGGCAGCUCCAUUUACAGCAGUUCUAAAAUUUGCUGCGGAGGAAUUCAAGGUGCCUCCUCAAACAAGUGCCAUCAUCACAAACGAUGGCGUGGGAAUUAAUCCUCAACAAAGUGCAGGAAACGUCUUUCUUAAACAUGGCUCAGAAUUGCGCUUGAUUCCUCGUGACAGAGUUGGUUCUUAUUAGGUGUCCCUUUGAGGUCCAGUUGCAGAUGGGUUUUUCUCCAUCUAAAUUUAAACAUGUAUUUGUUCAUCCCUAAUUUGCUGAGCACUUGGCAGUUACUGAAAUGAAUGAUGAUGUGGUGAAAUGAAUUUCAAUUUAAGAGGGAAGAGAAUUAGCCCACUCGCUUC